AUGGCCGCCCUCUCCGAUCGCCGCCGCACAAUCCCGCCAGACAACGUUGACUCCAAGCGGAAAACGGCAAAGUCCGUCUCCACCAACCACCGCAAGACCCACCGCCGCGUCGCCGGAAAAACUGGCCUCAGGCCUCCCCUCACUCGGCAAGAAUCUCUCCGCCGAAACAUUGGCCACGUCGCUUCCGAAACCUACUUGAUUACUGGCCUCGCCUUCACGCUUCUUCGCUACCUUGGGAUUGGUUACCGUUGGAUUACACAAUUACUAGCCCUUGGGUGUUAUGCCAUGCUACUUAUGCCCGGUUUUUUACAAGUUUACUUAAUGCUUAAUGAUAAUCUGAUUGUGAUUCUUGACACUUGGUUCUUCUAUACUACAUGUUGCUUUGCUGUUUCUCCUUCCACUUGGGGAGUUGCAUAUUAUUAUUUCUUCUCAAGCAAUGUAAAGCGAAGCAUGGUUUAUGGAGAUCAGCAUAGAAACAGAUUGGAUCUGUAUCUACCAGCCGAUAUUGGUGAACCUAAGCCAGUUUUGAUAUUUGUAACUGGGGGAGCAUGGAUUAUUGGGUAUAAAGCAUGGGGCGCCCUUUUAGGACUACAAUUGGCAGAAAGAGACAUUAUAGUGGCAUGCUUAGAUUACAGAAAUUUUCCUCAAGGGACCAUCAGUGACAUGGUAAAUGAUACUUCUCAGGGAAUUUCCUUUAUCAUCAACAACAUAGCUAAUUAUGGAGGUGACCCUAACAGAGUUUAUCUAAUGGGGCAAUCUGCUGGUGCUCAUAUUUCCUCCUGUGCUUUACUGGAGCAAGCAGCCAGAGAAUUAGAAAAAGGAGAAAAUGUUUCUUGGAGGAUUUCCCAGAUCAAAGCUUAUUUUGGUUUAUCUGGAGGAUACAACUUAUUGGAUCUUGUGGAUCACUUCCACAGUCGUGGCUUGUAUCGUCGGAUUUUCUUAAGCAUAAUGGAAGGUGAAGAAUCUUUGAAGGAAUUUUCUCCUGAAAUUAAAAUUCAAGAUCCAUGCCUCAAAAGUUCCAUUCCUCACUUCCCUCCUGUAUAUUUGGUCCAUGGAACUGCAGAUUAUUCCAUACCAUCAGUUGCCAGUGAACGGUAUGCUGAUGCUCUUAAGAAGGUAGGGGCAAGAGCUGAGUUGAUUUUGUGUGAGGGAAAGACUCAUACAGAUUUGUUUGUCCAAGAUCCACUGCGAGGAGGUAUAGAUUACCUAUUCGAACAUGCAGUUGCCGUUAUACAUAACGAUGAUAGUGAUGCUCUUGCAAAGGAUGCCUUUGCACCGCCAAGAAGCCGGUUUGUUCCUGAGAUUUUAUUAAAGUUGGCUAGCAAGAUAAGUCCUUUUUAA